CAGUUAGACCCGCGUUACAGAAUCUGACCCGUGCCUGAAAACGAACUCGGCCCAGGCCCAUUAAGAAACAAAGUCCCAAAUAACAAAAACAAACGUUUCACCGUCGUUCUGCGCCGCCACUCUCUCUCUCUCGUCGUCGCUCAUCACAGAAAGAGGUUUUCAGCUGGAAAACAAUGGCGGGCUGGCAGAGGAAUCUACAGGUGAUUCGUCAAGUCGCGAGAAGAGUGAAGAACAGUAACAUUUCAACAGCCCAUUACUCUUCAACUCGCAAUUUAGAAUCUCCUUUCUCCAAAGUAGGUUACUUGCAGAGUCUCCUGAGACCAACCUACUCCUCAACACCACUGCAUCAGUAUCUACAGCAAGUGGGCAUUUCUACCUCGAGAACACUUAAGGCUAGUGAAGAGCCUAUAUCAUCACCUUUGUCAUCUCCAGCUCUAUUAGGUAGUGGCAAAGAAGAAGAGCAGAAGAUUAUCCCAAAGCGUAAAAAAGUGCAGGCUGUACUCAAAGCCAUAAAGCAGAGUCCUAAGAAGGUCAACCUAGUUGCAGCACUAGUGCGCGGUAUGCGUGUUGAAGAUGCUCUCAUGCAGCUCCAGGUCACAGUUAAACGAGCUUCCCACACUGUGUACCGGGUUAUUCACGCUGCUCGAGCAAAUGCUUCUCAUAACCAUGGACUAGAUCCUGACCGUCUCAUCAUUGCUGAAGCCUUUGUUGGGAAGGGACUCUUCAAGAAGAGGAUAUCUAUCCAUGGAAAAGGAAAAUGCGGGUUGAUGAUAAGACCAGAGUGUCGCCUAACUGUCAUAGUUAGGGAGAUUACUCCUGAGGAAGAAGCUGAGAUUGCGAAGCUCAAAGUUCAUAACUUCAAGAAGCUAAGCAAGCGGGAGAGGAGGCUUGUCCCCCACAAGCUGAUUGAGACAACUCCAAUCUGGAACCGUAGAGGCACUAAAGCUAGUCACCGGUCCUCAGAGUUGGUGCCAUCUCGCUAGUGUCUUCUUUGUUCCUUGAUGGUUUGGUUACAAGGAGAGGCUUGUCUUCUCUAUGCGCACCUUCUUUGCUUUUUGGUUUGGUAUUGUUCUGGUACUUAAUAGGACCGGUUUAUUUAUUUGCAUUUCAAUAAAAUGUUGUAAGAACAAACCAAAUCGUUAGAUUUGGACUAAGGUAUAAUCAGUAGACCUCAUUUUCAAAUCCAAAACUUUCUCAAA